GAUAUUUUUGGUAAAUAGAAGGCACAAUUGACGGGCAUCAGGGAACGAUAUGACGCUUAAAGACGUUGUCAAGAGUACCCAGCAGCAUGUUGUUAGAGCUACAAAGAGCUUGGAUUUCAUGAGCAACAGUACUAAGUACCAGGGGCCCACUGUGGUGGCGUCGUCAUCGAUCAAGAUGUUGAACAACGAUGAGCUGACACAUAAUGAGCCCACCAUAAUACAGUCCACGAGGGUUCCAGUUCAUCCUUUCCUGCAAUUGUCGGAGACGACGAAACUGCUCAGUUUCUUAAAGAAGAAACUGAAAACCCCAGUGCUCCAUAAGGCAACGCUGACCAAUGGUGAAGAAGUCUUCUCAAACGAAGCCGUGUUCAGCACGCAUAAGGACCUUCUACGUUUCCUUGACUCCCAUGCAGAUGAGCUCUACGGCCUAGAGGUUAUAGAAGUGUCGCCAGCUGAGCCCUUACUAUAUGAUGAGCAGGUUAUUCUCCAAGUUGAGACGGAGUUGGGGGAUGUAAAUAAGGAGACCCUAUCUACUCUGCUCGAUACUAAGAUUACCAACUCCUCCAAUCACCUUUUCACUAAUGAUCUCAAGUUGAGGCUUGUCAUUGAACAGCAUUCGCUUCCGGGAAAUAUUGAUGAUAUAACUCGGACAGCAGUAGACUAUAUGGUACAUGUGGACAAUGCAACAAUUGCGACGGAUAUUGCAAAGAGUCUUCUACCAAGACUUGAAUCGUUGGUGAAAUCCAGAAACUCGCUGUUGCAACUAACUCAAUUGGUGUACAGAAGCCUUUCAACCAAUUAUCCAAUCGUCGAGGAUGAUCUGGAGCUCAAGACCCUCUACUUGAACAAUUUGAUCUCAUCCAAGGAACCUGAGUUAUCCUUCAACAUAUUGACCGAAUUGCAAAGCUGUGGGUACGCACCACCUAGAGAAACCAUGGCAAACUACCUAGCACUUUUAGCUAAAAAGGUGAACUACCAUGACAAGAAGAGCAAUGUCAAAUCUUUGGUGCUCCUACAAGGACUACAGAGUGUCAUCUUCUCAACUCUUUCAACAGAUAGUGCUCGCAACCUUUUGCUGCUUUGUGAACACCCUGACGAGAUUUCAAGCGUAUUAGAUCUUGUUGAAUCAACAUCUCCAAGUGAAAUACCCCAAGUGUUCCAAGAACUGGAAGCCACUGUCGCUAAGAAGUUGUUCGCCUCAAAAUCAGUGAGAUUAUCAGAUGCCAGUUUAAAAAUGUCCAUCAUUCAUCGCCUACAAACCCACAUUGAAAACAUAUCCAUAAACACCAAGAAGCUGAUCUUAUUUGAUCAAGUUAACUGUGGAUUGUUCAUAUUACCGAGACAACUGUUAUCACAAGUUGAAUUGACACCCACGGAGGUAGAAAGCUUGAAGAAAAAGGUCAAUUCAUACAAAAUGAAGAACAUUGACGUGGUUGAGAACUCUUUCCCUGGUCGUGAUUUACAAUCUAGACGUGAUUUUAUCAAGGCAUUAGAGGAGAUUUGAACACAUGAAUAUUGCAAAGAACUGAUAUUA